AUGAGAUUUCCUUUUCUUCUAUUCGCGCCCUUGGUGGCCGCCAUUACUCUCGAUGUCAGCUCCGUCGGCUCGAUCGAAUCGGCCGCUUCAACCGUUGCCUACGACAUGAUGACUUACUACACGGGCAAUGAGACCGGCCAAAUCCCCGGUCUGCUCCCGGGCUCUUUGAGCUGCAAUCCCAAUAAUCCCGAGGUCUACUGCUGGUGGGAAGCAGGUGCGAUGUGGGGGCAAUUGAUCAAUUACUGGCAAUACACGAACGAUACCACGUACAAUGCGGUCACAACUCAGGCGCUUCAAUUCCAGAGAGGUCCGGACAACAACUACAACCCUCCCAACCAGUCAAGGAGCAUGGGCAUAGACGACCAGGCUUUUUGGGCCUUCUCUGUCUUAGAUGCCGUCGAGGCUAAGUUUCCCGAGGCGGGUGGUGACAACCCUUCUUGGUUGUCGUUGGCUCAGGCCGUGUUCAACUUUCAACGAGAGCUAUGGGAUCCGAAAACCUGCGGAGGCGGCUUUCGGUGGCAGGUGUUCUCCUUCAACGCGGGUUACAACCUAAAAAACACAGUCUCCAACGGCGGUAACUUUCAGCUGGCGGCGCGGUUGGCGUACAUUACCGGAAACCAAAGCUAUGGAGACUGGGCCACCCAGGUCUGGGAUUGGAUGGAAGGGAGUCCGCUGCUGCAAAACGACACCGACACUGGCAUGUUCUAUAUAUGGGAUAAUACCGACAGCAACAACAACUGCACCACCGUCGCGAAUUUCGUCUGGACCUACAAUUACGGAACCAUGCUCUCUGGCGCGGCGUACAUGUACAACUACACCAACGGAAGCGACCUCUGGCUUGGCCGUGUCAACUCAAUCCUCAACACGACGUACUCACUCUUUUUCCCCCAGAAGUAUGGAGGUAACAUCAUGUACGAAUUGGAAUGUGAAGAAUCCAAGAACUGCAACCAGGACGAAAAGUCUUUCAAAUCGUAUCUGGCGAGAUGGAUGGCUGUGACAAGUUUGAUUGUUCCCAGCACCGCAGAAUCUAUCAAGCCCAAGCUGGCCGGCAGUGCUGCCGCUGCUGCAGGCCAAUGCGACGGCGGUGACAAUGGGCGGGAAUGUGGCAUGCAGUGGUGGACAACAACUUGGGACGGCACUGCAGGUGUUGGUCAACAGAUGUGCGCACUGUCCGUGAUCGGCGCAAAUUUGAUCGACGAAAGAAUGGCACCUCUCAGUCUCACGACAGGCGCAACGUCGAAAAGCGAUCCCAAUGCCGGCGCGUCGGCCUCUACCACUCCCUCCAUACAUAUGUCUCCAAUCACCACCAAGGAUAAGGCUGGUGCUAGCAUCUUGACCAUCCUGGCGGUAGUAUUUGUCGUCGGCGGUACCGUGUGGAUGGUGAUCUGA